AUGAGUGGAAUAGAAACAUCAUCUAUAAAGGACUUUAGUGAGUGGAUUCUUAAAAUAGGUAAUGGUGAAUUGGGAGAAGGAGAUGGGGAUUACAACAUUUCAAUCCCAAGUGAUUUGAUUAUCCAACCUUCAAAGAAUCCAAUGCAAGAUAUUAUUGACAACACAUAUCCAGGUUUGGAAAAUAAAUACACAGAUCCAAGUUACCUACAGGAUAGGGCAAUUCUUGCCCCUACAAAUGAAGUUGUAGAAGAACUAAAUGACUAUAUUGUGUCAUCCUUAAAUGGAGAAGUUCAUGAAUAUCUAAGUUCAGAUUCUAUAUGCAAGGCUUCUUCAAAUGUUCCUGACCAAGAUCUCCUGUAUACUGUUGAAUUUUUGAACACGUUGAGAUUUCCAGGAUUGCCAAACCAUAAACUAACAUUAAAAAUAGGUUUGCCUGUAAUGUUGCUUAGAAACUUGAAUCAAAAUGAAGGUCUUUGUAAUGGAACAAGACUCAUUAUAACAAGAUUGGCUACAUGGGUGAUAGAAGCAGAAAUCAUAACUGGCACUAAUAUAGGCAAACGUGUGUUCAUUCCAAGAAUAACAUUAUCUCCAAGUGAUUCAAAAUGGCCAUUCGUUUUAAAGAGACGACAAUUUCCAAUUUUAGUGUGCUUUGCAAUGACUAUAAAUAAAAGCCAAGGACAAUCAUUGAAACAUGUUGAAGUGUAUUUGCCAAAACUUGUUUUUAGUCAUGGGCAAUUGUACGUUGCAGUGUCUAGAGUUACAAGCAGAAAUGGCCUAAAAUUCCUCAUCAUUAACGAUGACACUGAAAAAAAGUCUGAAACAAAAAAAUAUUGUGUAUAA